AUGAAAAGAGCUGCUCAGGUGACUGGAGUGUCGGAAGGCACUAUUAGGAAAAUUAAAAAUGAAGUUUCGACACUGGACAAAACGGAAGUUUUGAGUACUCCUGGAAAGCACCGUAAAAGGCCUAUUGACCGAAAUUGUGAAAUUGACGACUUCGACAAAUGUGUUAUUCGUCAAACAGUUCAAGAUUUUUACGUCCAGCAAAAGAAAGUGCCUUCAAGAAAAUUACUUCCCGUAUUGAGAGAGAAGUUGAAUUUUCAUUGGAAUAAGGAAUCAUUGAGGAAAGUUUUGCAUUCAAUGAAUUUUCGCUGGAAGAAAUGCGCGAAUAAAAGAAAAUUUCUCAUCGAAAGACCUGAUAUUGUGUUUUGGAGAAACAACUACUUGCGAAAAAUGAGGCAGUACAGAAAAAGUAAAUGCCAGAUAGUUUUCAUUGAUGAAACGUGGGUCGACAGUAAUCUAACAUUUAGAAAAUGCUGGCAAAGUGAUACAAUUUCAGGAGCCGAAAUAAAUGUAAAUUCCAAAAAUCAAUUGAUCAUUGUGCAUGCUGGCUCGUCCACGGGAUUUAUUCCUGGUGCUCAAUUAAUUUACAAAGCGUCAACUAAAACUGGUGAUUAUCAUGUCCAAAUGAAUUAUGAAAAUUUUGAAAAAUGGGUGUUGGAAAAACUCAUUCCAAAUUUGCGCCCAAAAAGUGUCGUGUGCAUGGACAAUGCUCCAUAUCACACAAAAGUUGCAAAUCCGACACCUACCAAAUACAGUACGAAGAAAGAAAUGACCGAUUGGCUGAUUAAUAACGGAAUAGAAUGCGAUAUGAAAAUGAGGAAAGCGGAACUGUAUUCGCUAAUUGAUAGGAAUCGCCCUAAAGAAAUCAUAUAUAAAAUUGACAGCAUAAUAAAAGAAAAUGGGCAUUAUGUCUUGCGACUUCCCCCUACCAUUGCGAUUUAA